AUCGUUUCUUCGCUGUGCUAAAGCUAAUGCGGUUAAAAACGUUGCCGUCAGGCUAACUAGCUAUGGUUAGCUAGCGACACAGACACUGAAAUUAUUUGUAGCAUGUUUCAUAAUGUUUAUUAGUGGUGGUGGGUGAAAACGUAAUGUUUUAUAAAUGUAAACUUGACGGUCAGAUAGUCCUGGCUUAUGUUCCAGCCUUUAGCUUUGAAAGAUGACGUUUGAUAGUUAGAAACAGAACUUUAUAACUUUAGUUACGCAGUAUAUUGCGUUUAAGAUGUUAGAGAUGACGGAGUUCACUUGGUCAUAAACACAUUUCCCUCAAAAUUUACUUAAAGUUAUCUCAGUUAGUCUACAACCAAUUUAGCGCUACGUCUUAGCAGACCCAGAUUAAGUUGAAGGAUUGUUCUGGAUGGAGAAGUUUUUUUAAGUUCAGUGUAAAGCCGAUUUCUGCGCAACUAAACGGUGUUAUUUGUUUGUGAAUCCGGCCUUUCCCAGUCUCUGUGAAGGAGAACCAUGUCUCCUCCAAGACUUACAGGUGCACUUCGUUCGUUCUCCAAUGUCAGCAAGAAGGACGACCUUACUGAUCAGCUCUAUGAUCUAAAGGCGAAGCGUCUGAAGAGGCAGCAGCAGUUUGCCAGAGAGGGUCUGACGUGGCAGAAGAUCGUCCAUUUCUGCACCGAGCAUCGGGACAAAGCUGAACAGCAAGCUGCCAGUCAAGAACUGAAGAGCCUCCUUCUGGCAGCCAAACAGAUUGUUGGUGAUGAACAUGGUCAGGAGGCCACUGAAAGCGCUGCUGUCUUUCUGUUCGAGACCUUCCACAACAAAGACCAAGUGGGCACAGAGGAGACCCGGGCCAUCAAACAGAUGUUCGGGCCCUUUCCGUCCUCUGCAGCCGAAUCCUGCUGCUCCUCUGUGGCUCGGCUGGUGGCUCUGCUCGACGACUCCAGAGUCGAAGACUUCAUCCAGACCCAGAGCUCUCGUCACAACCCUCAACGGGGUUUUUCUUUUGGACGCAACAUUGCCUUCUCAUAUGAUUGCUACACUCUAGACCCUCUGGAGGACCUGCCUGGUUCUGGUCUCCAUGAUGAGAGAGAAAGAUUAGACUUCAUCAACUUCCUCAACAACCAGCAAAGUGGGAAGAAGGUUGCUGAAGAAGACGUGCUCAGUUCUGGAAGACCUGCGAGCUCCACAGAUGGAUCCAUCCUUCGAUGUGAAGUGGAAAAAUAUCUGGAAAGGGGCAACAUGAUUUCGUCCAACCCUGAGGAGCUGUGCACAUCCCUGUUUGAGAUGCUGGCCUCACACCGGAGCGACGAUGAACUGCAGAACGAGCUGUUUGAACUGCUGGGCCCAGAGGGACUGGAGAUGAUAUUCACCCUCCUGCAGCACAGAGCGGCCAUCGUGGACUCUCUUCUUUCUGCCCCAAAUGACAGGACCGGCUACCCAUCAGAUGUCGGCAGAAAAGUCACCGGUGAGGUGACCAAACCUGCCUAUGGCUGCCAGGUCACCAUCCAGUCAGAGAAGGAGAAACAAAUGAUGAAAAUGUACCGACGAGAAGAAAAGAGAGAGAAGAAGAGAGGCAAAGGAACUGACGAUGGCGACUCCUCGGAUGCCGGCUUGACCUUUGACCCAAGAGAGAUGAGAGCCCAGCGAGAGCACGCCCUGCUGACUGCACGCUACGAGCCUGUCUUCUGCAGGGAACGGGUGUACGAACGUGUCCGAUAUCCUAAUGUCUACGACAGCUAUGCAGAAGCAACCAAGGCACCGGCGUUUGUUGGAGGAGCCAGGAUGCUUCUGCCUGAAGGAAUCCGCAGGCAGAACAACAAGAUGUAUGAGGAAGUGGAGAUCCCACCCAAUGAUCCCAUGCCUAUUGGAUUCGAAGAGAAGCCCGUCUACAUCUCUGAACUGGAUGAGAUCGGGCAGCUGGUCUUCAAGGGGAUGAAGCGCCUGAACCGGAUCCAGUCCUUGGUGUUUGAGACCGCCUACAACACCAAUGAAAACCUUCUGAUCUGUGCUCCCACUGGAGCUGGCAAGACCAACAUCGCCAUGCUGACCGUCCUCCAUGAGAUUCGCCAGCACCUGCAGCCUGGUGGCGUCAUCAAGAAGGAUGAAUUCAAGAUCGUAUAUGUGGCUCCGAUGAAGGCCUUGGCAGCAGAGAUGACUAAUUACUUCAGUAAGCGGCUGGAACCACUGGGCAUCACAGUUAAAGAACUCACUGGAGACAUGCAGCUAACCAAAGGAGAGAUCCUCCGAACACAGAUGUUAGUGACGACUCCAGAGAAGUGGGAUGUGGUGACCAGGAAGAGUGUGGGAGAUGUGGCGCUUUCCCAGAUUGUCCGUCUGCUGAUCUUAGAUGAAGUUCAUCUUCUCCAUGAAGAUCGAGGACCCGUGCUGGAGAGUCUGGUUGCCAGGACCAUCAGACAGGUGGAGUCCACCCAGAGCAUGAUCAGGAUCCUGGGACUGUCAGCCACCCUGCCCAACUACCUCGAUGUGGCUUCCUUCCUGCACGUCAACCCCUACAUCGGCCUCUUCUUCUUCGACAGCCGCUUCAGACCGGUUCCCCUCGGGCAAACCUUCAUCGGCAUCAAAACCACCAACAAGAUUCAGCAGAUCCACGACAUGGAGGAGGUUUGUUACAACAAAGUGCUGGAGCAGAUCAAAGCAGGACAUCAGGUGAUGGUGUUUGUUCAUGCUCGUAAUGCCACAGUGAAGACCGCCAUGGGGUUGAUAGAGAUGGCAAAGAACCAGGGAGAAAUCUGUUUCUUUCAGCCUGACCAGGGUCCAGACUACGGCCAGUGUGAGAAACAGAUCCAGCGCUCCAGAAACAAGCAGAUGAAGGAGAUGUUUCCAGAAGGCUUUGGGAUCCACCACGCUGGGAUGCUGCGGUCUGACCGCAGCCUGAUGGAGAGCAUGUUCUCCAAAGGCUACCUGAAGGUCCUGGUCUGCACCGCCACCUUGGCCUGGGGAGUGAACCUGCCGGCCCAUGCAGUCAUCAUCAAGGGAACACAGAUCUACGAUGCGAAGCGCGGCACCUUCGUGGAUCUGGGAAUCCUGGACGUCAUGCAGAUCUUCGGCCGCGCUGGUCGCCCCCAGUUUGACAAGUACGGUGAGGGCACCAUCAUCACCACCCACGACAAGCUGAGUCAUUACCUGACCCUGCUGACUCAGCAGAAUCCCAUCGAGAGUCAGUUCCUGAGCAGCCUGGCUGACAACCUCAAUGCAGAGAUUGCUCUGGGAACCAUCACCAGCGUGGAAGAAGCUGUGAAGUGGCUCAGUUACACUUACCUGUAUGUUCGCAUGAGGGCCAACCCGCUGGUAUACGGCAUCAACCACAAGGCCUAUCAGAUGGAUCCAGGUUUGGAGCUGUACAGGAAGGACCUGGUGGUGGAGUCGGGCAGGAAGCUGGAUAAGGCCAGAAUGAUCCGCUUCGAAGAGCGAACCGGCUACUUCGCCUCCACAGACCUGGGCCGGACCGCCAGCCACUUCUACAUCAGAUACAACACCAUAGAGACGUUCAACGAACUGUUUAACUCCCAGAGAACAGAAGGAGACAUCUUGAGCAUCGUGUCCAAGGCUGAGGAGUUUGAGCAGCUUAAGGUCCGAGAGGAGGAGCUGGAGGAGCUGGAUCAGAUGUUGUGUAACUACUGCGAGCUUCCAGCUGCAGGCGGCGUGGAGAACAGCUACGGCAAGGUUAACAUCUUACUGCAGACCUACAUUGGCCGAGGAGAGGUGGACAGCUUCUCCCUCAUCUCAGACCUGUCCUAUGUGGCACAGAACGCUGCUCGGAUUGUCAGGGCUCUGUUUGAGAUUGCUCUGAGGAAGCGGUGGCCGGCCAUGACCUACAGACUGCUCACUCUCUGCAAGGUGAUCGACAAGCGUCUGUGGCCCUUUGCCCACCCUCUCCGCCAGUUCCCCAUCCUAAGCCAUGUCGUUCUGAACCGCUUGGAGGAGAAGAAGCUCACAGUAGACAAACUGAAGGAGAUGAGGAAGGAUGAGAUUGGUCAUAUGCUGCACCAUGUCAACGUUGGCUUAACGGUCAAACAGUGUGUCCACCAGAUUCCCUCCAUCACAAUGGAGGCUGGAAUCCAGCCAAUCACACGCACCGUCUUACGUGUCCGUCUCAUCGUCACGCCUGACUUUCGCUGGAAUGACCAGGUCCAUGGCUCAGUGGGUGAGCCGUGGUGGUUGUGGGUGGAAGAUCCCAUCAAUGACCACAUUUACCACUCUGAGUACUUCCUUCUGCAGAAGAAGCAGGUGGUGACUGGAGAGCCGCAGCACAUUGUUUUCACCAUCCCCAUCUUUGAGCCGCUGCCCUCCCAGUACUACAUCAAGGCCGUGUCCGACCGCUGGCUCGGGGCCGAGGCCGUCUGCAUCAUCAACUUCCAGAACCUCAUUUUACCCGAGAGACACCCCCCACAUACUGAGCUUCUGGACUUGCAGCCGUUACCAGUGACGGCCCUGGGGAACCGGGAGUUUGAGAGCCUGUACCAGUUCACCCACUUCAACCCCAUCCAGACUCAGAUCUUCCACACGCUGUACCACACCGACACCAACGUCCUGCUGGGGGCGCCAACGGGUUCCGGGAAAACCAUCGCAGCAGAGAUGGCCAUGUUCCGGGUCUUCAACAAGUAUCCGUCCUCUAAGGUGGUGUACAUUGCUCCACUAAAAGCUCUGGUGAGGGAGAGAAUGGAGGACUGGAAGGUCCGUGUUGAGGAGAAACUGGGAAAGAAGGUGGUGGAGCUGACAGGUGACGUGACCCCGGACAUGAGAGCCAUCACCCAGGCUGACCUGAUUGUCACCACGCCAGAGAAGUGGGACGGCGUGAGCCGGAGCUGGCAGAACCGGAACUACGUUCAGAAAGUGGCCAUCCUCAUCAUUGAUGAGAUCCACCUGCUGGGUGAGGACAGAGGUCCCGUGUUGGAAGUCAUCGUUUCCAGGACCAACUUCAUCUCUUCUCACACCUCUAAGACUGUCCGAGUCGUAGGUCUGUCCACGGCUCUGGCCAACGCUCGGGAUCUGGCUGACUGGCUGGGUAUCGGACAGGUGGGUUUGUUUAACUUCCGUCCAUCUGUGCGUCCUGUCCCGCUGGAAGUUCACAUCCAUGGUUUUCCAGGACAGCACUACUGCCCCCGCAUGGCCAGCAUGAACAAGCCCACCUUCCAAGCGAUACGAAGUCACUCACCCGCCAAGCCGGUGCUGAUUUUUGUGUCGUCCAGAAGGCAAACCCGCCUCACUGCCCUGGACCUCAUCGCCUAUCUGGCUACAGAGGACAACCCUAAACAGUGGCUGCACCAGGAUGAGAGAGAGAUUGAGGACAUCAUCGCCACGGUGAGGGACUCCAACCUGAAGCUGACGCUGGCCUUUGGGAUCGGCAUGCAUCACGCCGGCCUUCAUGAGAGAGACAGAAAGACUGUGGAGGAGCUGUUUGUCAACUGUAAGAUCCAGGUCCUGAUUGCCACCAGUACUCUGGCAUGGGGAGUCAACUUUCCCGCUCACCUCGUCGUUGUCAAAGGAACCGAGUACUAUGAUGGUAAAUCCAGGCGUUAUGUGGACUACCCCAUCACAGAUGUCCUGCAGAUGAUGGGAAGAGCAGGCCGUCCUCAGUUUGAUGACCAGGGCAAAGCAGUUAUUCUGGUCCACGACAUCAAGAAGGAUUUCUACAAGAAGUUCCUCUACGAACCUUUUCCUGUUGAGUCCAGCCUCCUCAGCGUGCUGUCGGACCAUCUCAAUGCUGAGAUGGCUGCUGGGACCAUCUCAUCCAAGCAGGACGCCAUGGACUACAUCACCUGGACCUACUUCUUCAGGCGUCUGGUGAUGAACCCCAGUUACUACAGCCUGGAAGACAUCAGCCACGAGUCCAUGAACAAGUUUCUGUCCAACUUGGUGGAAAGAAGUCUGCGAGACCUGGAAUGUUCUUACUGUAUAGAGAUAAAAGAGGAUGACCGAACAAUCGAGCCUCUGACGUACGGCCGCAUCGCCUCCUACUACUACCUGAAGCAUCAGACCAUCCGCAUGUUUAAAGAACGACUGCGAGCCGAGCUGCCCGUCCACGAGCUGCUCCCCAUCCUCACGGAUGCAGAGGAGUACGCCGAGCUGCCCGUCAGACACAACGAGGACCAGCUCAACAGCCAGCUGGCUCAGCAGCUCCCCCUGCAGGUUAACCCCCACUCCUUCGACAGCGCCCACACCAAGACACACCUGCUGCUGCAGGCCCACUUCAGCCACGCCCAGCUGCCCUGCAGCGACUACACCACCGACACCAAGACGGUGCUGGACAAUGCCAUCCGAGUCUGCCAGGCGAUGCUGGAUGUAGCUGCUAAUGAAGGAUGGCUUGUUACAGCUAUCAGUAUCUGCAACCUGGUGCAGAUGAUCGUCCAGGGCCGCUGGCUGCACGACUCCUCAUUACUGACCCUGCCACAUGUGGAGCAACAUCACCUUUAUCUCUUUAGGAAAUGGGCAAACAAAAAACAAAGGAGUGAUGCGGGAGGCUUCAAUGGACCAAUCGAAGCACUUCCUGAGCUGAUCGCUGCCUGCGGAGGAAAAGAAAAGAUUUUCUCAUCUAUGAUCAGCCAAGAGUUUCACACAAGCCAGAUUGUCCAGGCCUGGUCCUUCCUGAGCCACCUCCCGGUGCUGGAGGUGGAGAUGAGUGUGAAGGGCUGGUGGGAGGAGAGCCAGGAGCAGAUGGAGCGUCGGCUCCCUGCAGCCGGCGCUAACCUGAGAGAGGCCAGCAGCUGGCUGGACGUCCACGCCGACCAGGAGUACGUCCUGCAGGUGGUGUUGCGGCGGCUCAACCUGGGCCAGCAGAGGAGGAAGCAGGACAGCAAGGCCCAGGCUCCCCGGUUCCCCAAGGUGAAGGAUGAGGGCUGGUUCCUGGUCAUGGGGGAGGUGGAUCGCAGAGAGCUGCUGGCUAUCAAACGGGUUGGAUACGUACGCAAUCACACGGCUGUGUCUGUGGCGUUCUACACGCCGGAGAAGACCGGAAAGUGCAUCUACACGCUUUACGUGAUGAGUGACAGCUACCUGGGUCUGGACCAGCAGUAUGACAUCCACCUGAACGUCACCCCCGCCAGCAUCAGCGCUCAGGUCAACACGGAGGUGGCGGAUUCGGUAGGGGGCUCCUGAAGCACUCGGUGGGGGAGCUUCCCUCAACUAAGGACCAGGACUUGACUCAUAUAUCAGCUGCUCUCCGUUCGUGUUCUGCUUCAUUCAUGUUUCCACCAGAUUGUCUGGUCAAUCUGAGUUUAAUUUAAUCCGAUUUAUUGAUUUAUUGAAAAGUUAAACCAAAGAAAAGAAGACGUUUUAUGUUUGCGUUGACUGAUCCUGAUGUCCACCAACGUGGCCUGAUGGGAAAUAAAAGUCUUGAUGGGAUGCUUACCAGAGGUUUAGUUCUAUUUGGGUUUAGAUUUACCUGAAGGUUUACAGUGGAUUCGUUUGUUUUAAAAAGUCUGAACUGAGCCGUUGAUGUGGGUAAGAUCCUCCGAGGGAGAAAUCUGGCUUCUGUCUUUUGUGCUGAGGUGGAUUUCAGUGGGAAACAAUGAGGAGCUCCGCUCAUGCUGUUUAACUGAAACACCUGUUUUGUUUUUUGUUUUUAAUAAAUCACCUCUUUCUG